CUUCUCAUCUACUCUAUUUCUUCCUCCUCACCCUCGACUUCGGUCACUCCAGUGUCCCAACCCUCUCCUCUUCGUUUUCAGUAAGAACCCUGCACCUCACGGGUCCGCGACCUGAAAUCCUCCCACCUGCCUCCCCCUCCGCGAGAAAGCGUGCCGAUAAGCCUUAAGUCCGGGCUCCUUUGGAGAUUGCUGAGUACUCUAAGGCCUUUCAGUAGGCUGCCAUUUUGUGUCGAAGCGUCAUAUUUCUCCCUCUCUGCUGGACUCGAUCGCGACCAACAGACAAACUGCGCAGCUCUUCUCCAACUCCGCUACUUUCCGACUUGUGCAGAGGCACUCGAUCUCAUCCUGUGUUUUCCCAAGCCAGGCAUCAACUGUGUUGCGCCACUCGCCUAGAAUUGGUAACAUCCCCACCCACGAGCCUUCGCGACCUCGACUUCCUUCCAACCACCUUCAACUCCACCUCCAAACAUCCAACGUCGGGCCACUAUGACGCCCACUCCUCCCUCUGCCGGGACGUCGAAUUCAGGCGCAUCGCCCGACUUCAGAGUCGUGCGCAAGAGAAACCGAAUCCCAUUGUCAUGCGCACCAUGCAGACAUCGCAAGUUGAAAUGUAAUCGACAAGCGCCGUGCGACAACUGCACAAAACGAGGGGACAGUGCUUCGUGCACAUAUGCCGCUCCCUCAACGCGGAAAAAGGGCAAUCACAGCCAAAAUGCCGCGCCCACCGCCCCAGAUGACAUGCAAAAUCGCAUCGACCGGUUAGAAGGCUUGGUGCUGUCCUUGAUGACGAGUGGCUCUACCCCUGUCAGUGCAGCAGCAGCCGUGAGUGCCUUAGCUUCUACCGGUCCCAGUACGGGUGAAAGCGAGUCACAUGAGCAUGGCCUCGAUGCAGACAACGAUAGAGAUAUGGAUGAAUCUCAGAUGAGUGACGAUAAUGGCGACAGAGAAGACGAAAGCGAGACCGAUGGGGUGACCAAAAGCUUUGGCAUUCUGAAGGUGGACUCGGAAAAGCAAAAGACCUUUUAUGUCGGCGAAGCUCACUGGGCUGCCUUGCUCAGUGAAAUCGGUGAGGUCAAGAAUUACUUUGUGGCUCAUAAAAAGGAGUAUGAAGAACAGAUUGAAAAGGUGGAAAACGCGAGGAAAUCCAUGGGAACCGAUGCCGGCUCUGGCCCAGCUCUCCUGUUUGGCUCAUCUGUCCCGCCACAAAGAUCCGAGAUCGUGGCUCAGAUACCUUCUAGGUACAUGUCCGAUAUCCUCAUCGGUCGCUAUUUCAACACCUUUGAUCCUGCAACGCACAUUUUACACGGUCCCAGUUUCCAACGGCAGUACAAUCAGCAUUGGGUUGAUCCUUCGAGCACUUCUAUUGUAUGGAUCGCAAUGCUGUUUUCCAUGAUGCGCUUGGCCAUGUUGUCAUACGGUCGAGAAGGGGACGAACCGCCUGAAUUCCGCGGCAAGUGCCAUGAUAUGGCGGUCAACUUCAGAACACAAAUGGCCCAUUGUCUGAUCACAGCAGAUUAUACCAAGCCACACAACCACAUCAUCGAGGCUUUGAUCUUUCACCUCCACGCAGAGUACACCUCCAACAGAGACGCCGAGGCAAGUGUUUGGGUCUUGGUCGGCAUGAUCGCUCGUCUGGCAAUGCGGAUGGGUUAUCAUCGAGACGCCAAAUUGUUCCCAAAUUUGACGCCCUUCCAGGGUGAAAUGCGACGACGGAUUUGGACCUUUGUCCGUAGUGCCGACCUCCUCUUCUCGGCCCAGGUGGCUCUAACACCCAUGAUACGGAUUGGCGAUUCGGACACCGAGCUCCCUCGAAACAUCUAUGAUGACGAGUUUGAUGAAGAUUCGACUGCGUUACCCCCAGCUCGACCGCCUACGGAAUCCACUCCAAUCUCGUACAUGAUUGCCAAGGGGCGGCUCUCUUUUGGCUUUGGACGAGUAUUGGAAGAAAUCAACGGAAUCAAUCGAAAAGGCUAUGAUGAGAUCAUCAAGAUCGAUAAAGGAUUGCGUGACAUCUAUGACAGUAUUCCCGAGCAUUUAAAGCUUCGACCUAUGUCCGAGCAGACACUAGCACCGAUUUCACUGAUCAUGGCACGGUUCAGUCUAGCCACCAUUUAUCACAAGUCGCAGUGUGUACUUCACCGACGAUUCAUGCGGGCAGCCCGGAAUGGAAACCGGUAUACCCACUCACGGAGGACGUGCCUCGAUUCGGCAAUGCAGCUUUUAAGUUUCCAGUCCAUCCAACACCAGCAGAGUCGACAGCGCGGACGCUUUCGAAGUAUGCGGGAGCAUGUGAAUUCGUUGACGGCGCAUGACUACCUCCUCGCGGCCACCAUCGUCAUGAUGGACCUGUACAAUCACCGAGAACGCACCGAGGCUGAUGUGAGCACCCCCAGCACUUCUGUUAGUGGCACAAGUGUUAGUCAGGGUAGUAACGUGUCUGAUGCGAACGUGUACACGCCUGGGCUUUCGUACAGUCGAGAUGACUUGGUACGCGCCCUCGAAGAGAGUCGGGACAUCUGGAACGCCAAUCGGGAUCUGAGCAUGGAGGCAUACAAGGCGAGCGAGUUGUUGAAUGUAUUGCUGUUCCAUGUCCGACCGCCCCUGUCACCCAACAACCCUACCCACGUGCAGCUUGCUGGGCCAGGUCAAGAGAACCAAGGGUCAAAUAAUGACGAGCAAACCGCAGCGAUGACCUUGGGUAUGUUGCAAGCCGGAUCGGUGGGAAGCAACGCAGCAGUUGGCGGAGGGAUAUCACAGUCACAAUCACAAUCACCCUUACCAGGGACUCAAUGGGAUGGCAAAUCCACAGGCAUGACCCCGGGUGCCAUGCCUGACUUCAAUACCGGGGCCUAUGGUGCACCAAGCCCAUUCCCAAGUGCAUUGUUCAACAGCUCCAUGGUGGACGGAGGUCAGUCGAUGAACCUAGACUGGGAGGCAUGGGAUCAAUAUAUGCAGCCAUCUAAUUUGUCGCUGGAUCCGGCGGCGAACCUGUGGGGGAGCAAUUCGCCCAACAGCAAUCUGUUUGCACAACCGUCCUCCACGGGAACGGAAAGCUCAUAUAGCACUAACCUGUCGAAUUUCUAUAAUUAUGGGCCUACGAUGGGAGGACCGGUCGACAUGUCCAAAAUGGAAUCGCAACAGACGAUGCCGACCCUAUCUACCAACUCAACUACUGGGUCGAACGAUGGGAAUGCUGGAGAGGUCUUUAUGGGUGUACAAACACCUCAACCAGGCGGAGUUCCUGGUUGGAAGUGGACUGUGAUGAGUGACCAGCCCAAAUAGGCAGCGACUGUUACUUGUUUUGUGUUGGGAAAGAAGGGUGGGUGGAUGGAUGAUGAUAAGUGAUACCCUGCACACGGAGAAUUGUGAUCAUGUUUGAGAUGAAUCGGUUUGAGCGAUGAUAUUGAAAAUGUCAUCAAUGACAAAAAUGGUGGGAGGAAAUUCAGGGAACCUGGAACAGCCAAGGCAAAGAUGGAAGUGAAUAUUGCCCAAAGUCUUUUGUAGACAUGUAUUAUUGCGUCAUUUUAAGGCUAGACCAUCAUGGGUUGGAAUACCGACAAUCUUUUCUCUUCUCC